CAAAAAUAAGCUUUUACGAAAGCUUUAGAACUAGUUGCCGGCAAGCAGCUGCCCUUUUUGUUCAUUCCAGCAAAAGCGUUCACCGAGAGCAGUCGUCGUUUGGUUUGCUGUGCUUUUUUCUCGAAAACUGAAUUCAACAAGUGAUUUGUAAUUUUUAAACAUUGUUAAAAUGGCAAGCGUAGAAUUCAAGACUUUGAACAAUGGCGAGAAAAUGCCCUUCAUUGGCAUUGGCACUUGGCAGGCAUCCGAUGAGGAAAUCGAAACCGCAAUCGAUGCAGCACUUGAAGCUGGCUACAGACACAUUGAUACGGCGCCAGUCUACGGCAACGAGCAGGCAAUUGGACGUGUGCUCAAGCGUUGGCUGGACGCCGGCAAGGUGAAGCGUGAGGAGCUCUUCAUUGUGACAAAACUGCCACCUGUUGCGAACGGACCCAGUGACGUUGAACCCACCAUCAAGAAAUCGCUGGCUGAUCUGCAGCUGAGUUAUGUGGACUUGUAUCUCAUUCACACGCCCUUCUCCUUGUACACCAACGAGGACGGUAGCUUCAAGCUGGACGAGGAAGGUCUUAUGACGCCUGAUUUGAGAACAAAUCAUGCCGCCACCUGGGUCGAAAUGGAGAAGUUGGUUGCUGAAGGUCUGGCCAAGUCUAUCGGCAUCUCCAACUUUGAUAAGGAGCAAGUUGGACGUCUUUUGAAGACCGCCAAAAUUCGUCCAGCUACCAAUCAGAUCGAGCACCACGUCUACCUCCAACAAAGGGAACUGGUUGACUUCUGCAAUGCGGAGGGCAUCGCUAUUACUGCUUAUUCUCCCCUAGGAUCCAGGGGUAUUGCUGCCUUCAACGCUGCCGCUGGAUUGGUGCGUGAUUUGCCUGAUUUGAUUGAAAUCCCCGUGGUCAAGGAGAUUGCAGCUGCCCAUGGAAAGUCACCAGCUCAAGUGCUUCUCCGUUGGAUCAUUGAUACGGGCGUUAUAGCUAUUCCUAAGAGCACGAAUGCUGGACGUUUAAGGGAGAACCUCAACGUCUUUGAUUUUAAGCUAACAGACGCAGAGGUGGCUAAACUUUUGGCUCUUGAUCAGGAUUUGCGCGUCUGCGACUUUGCUUUCUUCCAUGGUGUCGAGCGCCAUCCCGAGUUCAGAUUCAAGAACCAAUAUACCAAAUAAGCUAAAUUAAAGAUAAUGUUUUGACCAACCAUUUUUAUACAAUAAAAGAAAAAAGAAUGACAUACAAAUUUUAA